UGGUUUUUGAAUUCGGGUGAGCUUAGAGGGGAGGCAAUAGUAUCUUAGAAACAACAAAUCAAAACUCACCUUAAACGGUUAUUCGUCUCUCUCACGUGCAUUUGGCUCUGUGGCUAAGCAAAAAUGGUUGUCCCAGCGUGAAAGCUCCAACUUCAAAGGGGAAGCUUUUCUCCUAGCCUGGAAUCAUGGGAAGUUGCAGUUUACAUUUCUCUCCCCCUCCUAUUUUCAACCUUCUCCUCCUUUCUUUAUCCUGCAUCAGUAUCAUUACUAGCACCGAUUCUCAGGUCUUGCCGGUGCCUCUUAAAGGUCUAGCGUGUAGUAUAGUGAACUGCGGAGAAGGAACAUGCAGAGCUUCGAAGGAAACAAUACUUGGGAUUGAAUGUGAUUGUAAACCUGGUUGGAGGCAUAUCCCUCUUGCUUCUUUUGCAUUUCCUUCUUGUGUUCUCCCCAAUUGCACAUUAGAUUUGCAUUGCGGAAGUAGAGCUCCACCACCACCACCACCAGCACCUCUGCUCCCAGCCAUCAAUGCUUCAAGCCCUUGUAAUCUUGUGUGGUGUGGGAACGGAGAGUGCAUAGUUAAUGGAGAUAGCCACUACUGCAAAUGCAACCAAGGGUCUUCCAAUUACUUGGAUGAUUCUUCCUUUGCUUGUUUAGAACCAUGCUACUUCGGAGAAGAUUGUAAGAACCUGCAAUUAGGGCCACUACCACAACUACCACCGCUCCAUCUGCCACCAUCGCUACCUUCAGUACAGCUGCCCCCGCCACUCCAGCUGCCCCCGGCACUACCUCUGCCAACCCCAUCCUCCAGUACAAAUUCUGCCUCGCCAAAAGCUGUUAGACCGGAACCUGAAGCUGAGACAGAAGAAUCGAAUGGAGCAUCCAGUUACAUGAAGAAUCCUCUGGCACUGAUUGCGGUGCUGAUAGCAUUAUAUUUUUGACAUGAAUGUAGCUAGCUAGAGAGGUGAAGGGAGGAUCAAGAAAGGCUAGACAAAUUACAUGUCUGACGACUUGUACAAUGUUCUUCAUUUGUUUCCCCGGAAGAUUUUGAAUUUUAUCAUAAUCCUAUUAAUCCUAUUUAUU